AAUGAUAAAUCUGAGCCAAAUCGUCCAAAAUACUCAUGUACUUAUUUGGAAGUGAAACAUUCAACAUACAACAAAAAUUAGUUGUAACUUUUAACUCUUAAUUAUUUCUUAAAAGCUUUCUACUUUUUCGUUUUUGAGUCAAAAUGUAACAAAUGACUUAUUGCAUAGUGCUCAGUGUUUGAAUGUUUACAGCUCGUUAUUCAUUCAUCCGAUUCGAGUGAUCUACCAUGUGUUUCAACGUUCAAAAGGAUCUUUCCUUUGAAACAUGAAUGUUCUAUCUUUCAUGUGAUUCGUAUCUUUAGCAUAUACUUUCUAGUGGAACCUUCAGAAUUUUCAUUUCAUUUUCUUCUCAGCGUUUUUAAGGUUGAGUAGAUAUAUUUUCAUCAUGAGUUCCAAUUACGCAUUCAACGUUUUUUUCAUACUACUUGGUUCAUUAUUCGUUCAAAGCCUCGCUGACAUGUGUAUGGUAAACAAUGAUCGUAUAAACUGUCCGGGGCCAAAAGAUCAACUCAAUUAUACGCAUUGCUGUAUGCAUGAGAACUCGACUGAAACAUUUUGUUGUUUGAACCGAAACCAUCACCACGAGCAUUACGAUCGAUUAGUGAUGCUAGUCAGUAUUACUGUAAUUUCAUCCUGCCUCGCAAUAUCAUUUUUAAUUAUAAUAUGUUGCUUCUGGUCACGCUGCCCAUUAUUUUAUUCUUGUCGGGUAAAUUACGCUCAACGAGGAAUCAUCGCUUAUUCUAAAGAAGAAGAAGCGCUGAAUCAACCACCUGACGAAAACGAUUACUGCCAUCAGUACACGCCCGUUAAUGUGAAAAUUUGCAAAGUCAACGAUAUUUGAUGAUCUCUUGUGUUUUUUUGUUUUUUUUUUGUAUUAUUCAUUGUGAACGCUUCGGUGAUAUUUUUUUACGUACGCUUUUUACUUGUGUUUUUUAAAAGUAUUUUGUAUGUUUUUUUUUCUUUUUGUCAAACAAUUUUGAUAAUGCAUACCUACUUAUUGCUCUCUGAACUGCUCGCGCUUGUUUUAUUUCAGUUUUUGUAAGUAAUAAAUUGUAACGUUUAUUAACCGUC